AUGGCUACUGCUGCUUGUGAUGUGUGUGGUGCAAUGGUGUCUAAGUCGCAAAUGGCACGUCACCGUAACACUGCCAAGUGCAUGUCGGUUGGAGGAGUCGAGCCUCACGUGUCGAAUACUAAAGAACAUUGUGUGCACUGCAACAAAUUAAUAACGUCACGUAACAUGUCUCGCCAUGUUGAAGUGUGUGGCAAUAUUAAAACGACUGUUGAGCCUAAGAAGCCGUGUCCGCAUUGUCAGCAACUGAUAACCAUGUCCAACUUGAGCCGUCAUAUUGCAAAGUGUUCACCAGGCGGUUUAAAGCGGAAGAACGAAAACUACACUCUUCCAGCUACCGUUUCAGAACCACCACCAAAGGUUCCACGCCUUGAACCAAGUACUAGCUCCACAUCAGCUAGCACGUCUGCCAUCGGUCACAUCAAGAAGUGUUCACCAGACGGUUUAAAGCGUAAGCAUGGUGUAGCUACCGUUUCAGCACCUCCGCCUAAAGUCAUGAAACCUAGCAAACAAGGGGGUAGUAUUAAAAAGGUACAGCAAGCGUUCAAGGGUCGUAUGAAAACGUACAUGAUAGAAAACAAGCGUGGUAUCAAGGACCCCAAAAGAUUUCUUAAAACAUGUAGAAAGCCAAUCACUCGCGAAAUAGCACUGCAUGUCGACGAACACAACAUCAAAGCUAACCUCGUGUUUGAAGCCGAAUACACAAAACCGACGAGUGGUGUGAUUCAAAAGAUGAAUUUCAAAACUAAAAACAACGUGAUUCUUCCAACUACGGACAUUAGGGUGUAUGUUAAAACGGCGAUGAAAAAGCUUUUGGUUGAAAUGGAAGAGUUCUACGCCAAGGGAUCUGCCGCGUUGCAUCCCAAGGAGUGGCAAGCGCAGCCUGAGCGUAUACACCACUAUCAACCUUUCGAGCACGAGCUAGACGCCUACCUGGACGGCAUCACUUUUCCUGUUAGUCUCGACAACGUCAAGCUGUUUGAAAAACGAUCUGGAAUAUCCGUAAACGUGUACUCGUACGAUAAGAAACUGGUCGUCUAUCCGCUGUACGUGACACGAGAAGAAAAAGACACACACGUUGACUUGCUGUAUAUUAGAGAUCAAAACAACUCUCGCUACUGCCUCAUCAAAGAUCUCAGCCGAUUAGUACGUUCACAACUUUCAAAGCACACGACUAGAACCUGGAUCUGCAAGCGCUGCCUCAUGCAUUACGGUACCGAGGAACUACUGAUCAAACACAAAGAAGACUGCAGCGAACACGAGGCGGUGAAAAUACUGACACCGAAAGAAGGCUCCACAAUUCAGUUUAAGGACUUCAAACACGCGAUGAGAGUUCCGUUCGUGGCUUACGCUGACUUUGAGUGUAUGCUGACUCCCGUAGCCAGCAGCAGCCGGGAUCCCGAUGCACGAAAUUCUUACACUGAAAAGUACCAGAAACACGAAGAGGUUAGUUUCUCGUACUACUUCGUGUACUCUGACGGUGAUUACAAACCGCCCACAACGUAUUUCGGAACUGACGCUGCACAAGUGUUCGUGGAAAGCAUCAUGAACGAUGCCAGGGAAAUAUUCCAACUUUACUCAAGAGCUGCUGCUGUACCGAUGGAGCUGACUCAAGACGAUUUACAUGCAAUAGCCAACGCUCGGCAGUGUCACAUCUGUGGCAAGUCAUUCAACGAUCCCAACGAUUACGAAGUUCGCGAUCACGACCAUCUGACGGGGAAAUUCAGAGGUAUGGCACACAACUCUUGCAACCUCAACUUCAAGAAACCGCAUUUCCUGCCAGUGUUUGUUCACAACCUGAGCGGAUACGACACCCACCUGUUUAUCAAGAUGUUUGGGCUCAACAACGAGACCAUCAAAGUUAUUCCAAACAACGAGGAACGUUACAUCUCGUACACUAUCGAGGUUGAGCGUGGAGUGAAGCUACGGUUCCUGGACUCGUUGAAAUUCAUGGCAAGCAGUCUAGACAAGUUGGCUAAGAACCUGUCCCCCGAUCAGUUCAGACACACUUCCAAAUUCUACCAAGGUGAGAAACUUGAACUGUUGUUACAGAAAGGCGUGUAUCCCUACGACUACAUGGACAGCAUUGAGAAGUUUGAACGUUGUUCGCUUCCAAACCAAGAAGAUUUCUACAACAAGCUAAACGACGCUCACGUAAAGCCCGAGGACUACCGACAUGCGGUGAACGUUUGGAAUAACUUUGAUAUUCAAACCAUGAAAGACUACACACUGUUGUACAACAAGACGGACGUACUCUUGCUGGCGGACAUUAUGGAGAACUUUCGCGACGUUUGCAUGCAGACAUACCUUCUCGACCCAGCCUGGUACUACACGGCUCCCGGACUCGCGUGGAGUGCGAUGCUCAAGACCACCGGCAUCAGACUCGACCUUCUCAGUGACUACAACAUGAUCCUGAUGAUCGGCAAGGGCAUUCGAGGCGGAGUAUCACAGUGCUCUAACCGUUACGCCGCAGCAAACAACCCUUACAUGGAAGAUUUCGAUGAGGACCAGCCGACUUCCUACCUGACGUACUUGGACGCAAACAAUCUUUACGGCUGGGCAAUGAGUCAAGACAUGCCGUAUAAGAACUUCAAGUGGUGCAAAACCGACAUUGACGUUACAAAAGUCCCAGAUGACGCACCAACUGGCUACAUUCUGGAAGUUGACUUGGUGUAUCCAAAGAAUUUGCACGACUUGCACUCCGACUUGCCUCUUGCACCGGAACGUCGAGUACCACCGGGAUCGAAAGAAGAGAAACUCAUCACCACACUGUUUGAGAAGGAAAAAUAUGUUGUCCACUACAGGAAUCUAAAACAGUAUCUAUCACUCGGCAUGAAACUUAAGAAAGUCCACAGAGUUAUAAGCUUCAGUCAAUCUGCCUGGCUCAAGCCCUACAUCGACUUGAACACUCAGAUGCGUACGCAAGCCAGGAACGAGUUUGAGAAAGAUUUCUUUAAGCUCAUGAAUAACAGCGUGUUCGGUAAGACGAUGGAAAACAUCCGGAACAGAGUGGACAUCCGACUGGCCACGAAAGACAAACAAGUCGACAAGUGGACUGCUCAACCAAACUUUAAGAGCAGGACGAUAUUCACCGAACAGUUGGCAGCCGUUCACAUGUCUAAAACAAAAUUGAUGUUCAACAAAGCAAUCUACGUCGGCAUGAGCAUUCUGGACGUGUCGAAAACGCUGAUGUACGACUUCCACUACAACGUCGUCAAGAGGCGGUACGGUCACAAAGCCCAACUUCAAUAUACAGACACCGACUCGCUAACGUACCACAUCCAGACGACCGACUUGUACAAAGACAUCAAAGACAUGAUCGAUCUGUUCGACACCAGCGACUACCCUCAUCCCAACCGUUACAACAUGCCUCGAGUCAACAAAAAGGUACUAGGGAAGAUGAAAGACGAGCUCAACGGCAGAAUCAUGUACGAGCACGUAGGACUUCGCUCGAAAAUGUACUCCAGCAGAUCCGAAGGCGGAGUGAUCAAAAAGUCGAAAGGUGUCAAAAAGACAACGAUAGAAAACCACCUGACCUUCGACGAUUACAAACAGUGUCUGUUCACCUCAGGUGUACAGUACGGUUCGAUGAACAUGAUCCGGAGCUUCAAACACGACCUGUACAGCGUUGAACUCAAAAAGAUUGUUCUGUCGCCUCACGAUGACAAACGUUACAUUCAAGACGACGGCAUCGGGACUCUGCCCUGGGGACACUACAGCAUCCCCGUAGAAGUUAUGGCUGAGCUGGAAAUCCGGUCUGCUCUGUCGACACAGUGA